CCUCGCGCGACCCCGCGCAAAGCCUGCUGGGAGCCGGCUGCCGGGGCCAAGAUGUCGCUGGUCAAGAAAAGAAAGCUUGAGUCGGGGGGCGGCGGCGCAGGAGGGGAGGGAGCUGAGGAGGAAAAUGGCGGGGAGCAGGAGGCAGCCCCGCCGGGACCCCGGAGGACCAAGCGCGAGCGAGACCAACUGUACUACGACUGCUACUCCGACGUCUCGGUGCACGAGGAGAUGAUCGCCGACCGCGUCCGCACCGACGCCUACCGCUUGGGCAUCCUGAGGAACUGGGCCGCGCUGCGAGGCAAGACCGUGCUGGACGUGGGCGCGGGCACCGGUAUUCUGAGCAUCUUCUGCGCCCAGGCCGGCGCCCGGCGCGUGUACGCCGUGGAGGCCAGCGCCAUCUGGCAACAGGCCCGGGAGGUGGUGCGGCUCAACGGGUUGGAGGACCGCGUGCACGUCCUGCCGGGCCCCGUGGAGACGGUGGAGCUGCCCGAGCAGGUGGACGCCAUCGUGAGCGAGUGGAUGGGCUACGGACUUCUGCACGAGUCCAUGCUGGGCUCCGUGCUCCACGCGCGGACCAGAUGGCUGAAGGAGGGCGGUCUGCUCCUGCCGGCCUCCGCGGAGCUCUUCGUGGCCCCGAUUAGCGACCAGAUGCUGGAAUGGCGUCUGGGUUUCUGGAGCCAGGUGAAGCAGCACUACGGCGUGGAUAUGAGCUGCCUGGAAGGCUUUGCCACGCGCUGCCUCAUGGGCCACUCGGAGAUCGUGGUGCAGGGUCUGUCCGGCGAGGACGUGCUGGCCCGGCCGCAGCGCUUUGCCCAGCUCGAGCUGGCCCGCGCUGGCCUGGAGCAGGAGCUGGAGGCCGGGGUAGGCGGCCGCUUCCGCUGCAGCUGCUAUGGCUCGGCGCCUCUGCAUGGUUUCGCCAUCUGGUUUCAGGUGACCUUCCCGGGAGGGGACUCGGAGAAGCCCCUGGUGCUGUCCACCUCGCCUUUUCACCCGGCCACUCACUGGAAGCAGGCGCUGCUCUACCUGAACGAGCCGGUGCCGGUGGAACAGGAUACGGACAUUUCGGGAGAGAUCACCCUGCUGCCCUCCCGGGACAAUCCCCGGCGUCUGCGUGUCCUUCUGCGAUACAAAGUGGGGGACCAUGAGGAAAAGACCAAAGACUUUGCCAUGGAGGACUGAGCGUUGCCUUUUCUCCCGUCUACCUUCUCCGGAGGGUCAGAAGAAAGAGGGAGAUCUCCUAUGCAAGUAGGGGACAUAAUGUGUCUCUUUUACCUCACCGUUUCUGGGGAAGGAAGUGACUUCAGUCUUCACUUGAAGACAUUCUUCUGGCAAUGUGUAUUUAAAAAGUGAGCAUCCCUGACCAAGGACCGAUGCAGUGUGCUUAUCAAUGGGCUUUUAAGCCUGGAAAGCAUGUAGUAUCAAACUCUUGUAUUUCCGUUUCUUUUGUUUAACCGCGGGUGGGGGUGGAGGCCAAAAUGUGAAUUUAUAAUUGUUUCACGCGCUAAUCUGACACCGAAUCCCAUUAUCUCUUAUGAAACUGGGAAGAAAAGCAAAAUGUUUCAGUUGGAUUUCGGGAAGUUUCCGGCACUGUUUGACAGUAUCAGCAUGGCUCUACAUGAGGAGCAGUGUAUGCCACUGGGUACCAAAGGAUCCAAAGGAGCACCACAGCCAUUGGGAUGAAGACAGCCGAGAGGGAUGAAAGCCUGAGGUGUGUGGACACCCAGGCCCUGUCUGAUACGUUUGUGUGUUGGGGCUGAUAACUUGGAGCCCUUAGGACUACAGGCCUGGAUUAUCAGACCCUAGAAAUAAACAUGGUGAAGUUCCACCUACCUCCCUCACAGCUUGUGUUUAUUAAGCCCUCUAAAAAUUUCCAACUUUUUCAUUAGUUUAUUAUGAGCAUAGUUGCUGAAAAUGCAUUGUAAUAGUCACUGCAACAGGUAUUUGGGAUUACAAGCUAAUGUGAGCUCUGCCCUUCAGCUGAUCACUGCCACUAGAGAAACUAAAGGCUACAGUGGUAGGCUAGAGCCUGGGGUAGUUUUCAUGUCAGGGAUGGAUCAAGUAUUUAUUUUACUCACUAAGUAAAAAGAUUUCUGUAGAUAAUUGAUUGACUUGCCCAAAGUCCCAUAAAUAAUUUUUUCUUCUUUGUUUUGUGAGAGGAGAUCAUACAUUGUGCAGGGCUGUCGUAGAACUCACUGUGUAGCUGAGAAUGACUUUGGAUUCCUGAUGCUCCUGCCUCCACCUUCCAAAUGAUGGAAUUAACAGCUCUGUACCACUUUGCCCAGCACAGUCCUAAUUCUUGGCAACUAGAUCUUAAGCACAACUCUUUGACUUCUUAAACAUAAACAGAACUUCUUUUCAUUAUAUUAAUGCUGUAUACUUAAGUCAAAAAACAGGAAAUUACAUAUCAUCUAAAUGGUAACAAGGGUUUUAUUAUUUGAUGAUGAGGGGAAAAUGUUUAGUACUAGAAAGUCUCUUAGACCUGCCUGGAAGAACCAUCUUCAAUGUAUCCCGAGUUUUACAUAGUAGGUGCUCAUUUGUAUAGCCCCUAUGUUAAUUUCCUUAACAAUUAAUCAAAUGUGACACUUUCUGGGUCCCCCAGAAAACAGUCCAUGACAGUGGCAAAGGCAAGUCAUUGUCAUCUGAGCAAAGAUGCAUCUUAGGGAUCUAAAAGAUAAAAUAGAGUUCAAGAUGAUGAAUAUGAAAGGCACCUGCUGCAAACAGCUGCCUCACAUUUUGUUUACUGCCAGCCCUGCUCUUAGCCCCACAGUUGACCCAGGGCUGAGGAGAGCUAGCUCCCAGGAAGCAUUUGUUAACAGGCCUCCCCUCUCAACAUGCUCACCUCCACUAAAUAUCAACAGCUGUGUAAUAUCUAAGCCCUGUGAUAAAUAAGCGCAUCUGCCCCUCAACUAGGAUAUAGUGGGGGCAGUGAAGAGACAUUAGUAAUUUGCAUGUGUCCACAAGCAUGGAAAUCCUUCCCAGCUCUUAGCUCUGCUGAGCAAGGUUAGAAAGGCAGUUGUCAUCCUUUAAGCCUUUAAGGAUCAGAAAUCCUGUUGCUAUUUUCAGGUAGACUAAAAACCUGAAAAACUUUCCCAUCUGAUGUCCUAAAAUUACACAGUAUUCUCCAAAAUAUUGGUCUGUUCCAUAAUAGAGAAAAUAUAUUCAAUAGGUGAUCCUCAGCUACUAAAAUAAAAUUUAAGCUAAAUCUAUUUUCAGCUGUGUGUGUUUGUGUCUUCCCCAGCUUUCUAUGUGAUUUCCAUGCUCCAGUUUGUUGAUGAAUUAUGCUCUCACUUGAAAUAAAUAUUACAUGCAGUUUUUGAAA